CGUAUGUCGACGCCUUCCACUAAUUUGCGAACGAUGAACGUGGCGGGUUGUUGGGUAGGGGGAGACGAUGACGGCCCCUUAAUCGCCGUGAAGAAAUAUUUAGCUUCUUUCAGUGCUUUCUUUGCCCCUACUUGUUUUAACCUCAGUCUCCUACAUCUUGUAACUCACUCGGGCUGCCUGGCUUCAUUUGACGAUGAAACGAGUUCGUCUAGACUCAGUCAUUUGUUCAGGAAAAAUGGCAUCAAAUAAUUUUCACAUACCCAUACAUUCGAACCUUGAUGGACCGAAGAUGGACAGUUU